AUGUGCGGUAUUCUUGCUUUGAUCCUUGCCAACACGGCUUCCACCUCCGCCGCCAUCGAGCUCCAUGAAGCCCUGUAUCUCCUGCAACACCGCGGGCAAGACGCGUGUGGAAUCGCGACAUGUGCAACAGGAGGAAGAAUAUACCAGUGCAAGGGGAAUGGCAUGGCUGCCAGGGUGUUCCAUGAUGGCGCAAGAGUCGUCGACCUUCCUGGCUUCAUGGGCCUCGGUCAUCUGAGAUAUCCCACCGCGGGCAGCAGCGCAAACGCCGAAGCCCAGCCAUUCUAUGUCAACAGUCCCUACGGGAUCUGUCUGGCACACAAUGGCAACCUGAUCAAUGCACCCGAGUUGAAACGUCACUUGGAUCUGGAGGGGCACAGACACAUCAACACCGACAGCGACAGUGAGCUCAUGCUGAAUAUCUUCGCCAAUGAGCUGAAUGAAACCGGCAAGGCUCGCGUCAACGAUGACGACGUGUUUGCUGCCCUGAGCAGAAUGUAUGAACGGUGCAAGGGCGGCUGGGCAUGCACCGCCAUGAUUGCUGGCUACGGCUUGAUCGGAUUCCGAGAUGCUUUUGGCAUUCGUCCCUUGGUCCUGGGAUCCCGCGACUCUGCUGAUGGUCCGGGGAAGGACUAUAUGAUGGCGUCCGAGUCUGUGGCACUGGCACAGCUCGGAUUCAGCGUCAUUCGUGAUGUGAUGCCGGGCGAGGCAGUCAUAAUCCAGAAAGGUCAUGAACCGCACUUUCGCCAAGUUCAGGCGCGCAAGGCAUAUGCACCCGACAUUUUUGAGUACGUGUACUUCGCCCGUCCAGACUCCGUCAUGGAUGGAAUCAGCGUCCACCGGAGUCGUCAGCAUAUGGGGGCAAGACUGGCCGCCCAGGUCAAACGCGUGCUCAGUCCCCAGGAACUGGAGGAGAUCGAUGUGGUGAUUCCAAUUCCAGAGACUUCAGUCACUUCGGCAUCCGUUGUGGCCAAAGCACUGGACAAAGAGUACUGUCAAGGAUUUGUCAAGAACCGAUACGUUUUCCGAACUUUUAUCAUGCCUGAGCAGAAAGCCCGACAGAGGGGUGUCCGGCGGAAGCUGAAUGCGAUGGCCAUGGAGUUCAAAGAUCGAAACGUUCUAUUGGUGGACGACAGUAUCGUCAGAGGCACCACCAGUCGGGAGAUUGUGACCAUGGCCCGAGAGGCUGGUGCCAAAAAAGUCCACUUUGCCAGUUGUGCUCCUCCAAUUGCCCACGCGCACAUCUACGGCAUUGAUUUGGCAUCGCCUCUCGAGUUGGUUGCACACAAAUAUCACGGGGCUGAGGCCGUGGCCAAGCACAUCGGAGCCGACAGUGUGGUCUACCAGACAUUGGACGAUUUGAAAGGCGCCUGUCUUGAUGCUGCGAGAGAGGCCAACAGCCGGGACGCCCCUCAAGACUUCGAGGUUGGCGUGUUCUGUGGCAAAUAUAUCACACCAGUGGAUGACGACUAUUUUGAACAUCUGGAGCGGGUCAGAGGACUGACGCGCAAGAUGAAAGUUAUGGAUCAGGCCAGGCAGGCUGUUGCUCAAGGCGUGGCAGGCGAAGACCAGAUCCGGCUUGCCACCAGCGGAGCCGUGGUCAACCGCGCCGGUCAAGUGGUCCCCGCCGUCAAUGGCAAUGGCAACACGCAGAAACCGUCUUUCCAUGGUGACGGCGUGGACGUGUCACAGCAAAAGCCUGCGGCUUCGCAUGAGCAUGAACAACACCAGAGCCCCGCUCCUCGAGAUCGAAUGGACAUCAGUCUGCACAAUCUGGGUGAUUUUCCUGGGGCGUGA